AUGAAUUCUUCCUCAAAAUUCGACGAAGAGUCGCGAGAAGUGAAAGAUUCACUUCAUAAUGAUCAUAAAACCAAUUCUCUAGACGAUGAAUCUGAGGCUUUUGAACAUGACCUUAGGCUGGUAGUUGUUGCAAGAAUGGAAAUUAUGAAUAGUCAAUAUGAUAACUUUUACCUUAAGUUCAUUUUCUACUUUUCAACUUUUGUAGUUGGGUUUGCUUAUAUGCUUGAUUCCACUACCAGAUACUACUAUACUAAUUAUGCUACUGGUGCAUUGGGAAAUAAUUCAUUGUUAUCAACUGUUAACGUUUUGACCGCCAUUAUUGGAGCCGCUGGCCAAAUCGUGUUCGCAAGAAUGAGUGAUAUUUUUGGGCGUAUUGAAAUGUACGUUGUAAGCGUGCUUUUCUAUGUUGUUGGGACCAUUAUUCAAUGUCAAGCUACCAAUAUUGCAAAAUAUGCUACUGGUGCCGUCUUCUAUAAUUUGGGAUUCGUUGGGCUUGUCUUAAUUUUGGUUCUUAUUCUAUCCGAUUUUUCUUCGAUGCGUUGGAGAUUAUUCGCCAUAUUAUGUCCUACUUUUAGUUAUAUUAUCAUAACGUGGAUUUCUGGGAAUGUUGUGUCAGCUGUUGGUCCAGAAGCUAAUUGGAAGUGGGGGAUAGGAAUGUGGGCCUUUAUCUUUCCCUUAGCUAAUAUACCAUUCAUGAUUUGCAUUGGGCAUAUGUGGAUCAAAGCAAGAAAAACACAAGAUUGGAUUGAUCUCAAUGGGGUAAGAAGAAAGUUUGUAAAGAAAAAAGGAUAUAUGAAAUUCCUUAUUGAAUUAUGCUUGGAGCUUGAUCUUGUUGGCGCGCUCUUAAUGACAGUUUCGUUAGGUUGUAUUUUAGCUCCAUUGACUUUAGCUGGAGGUUAUGAAUCAAAAUGGCAACAAGGUAGUAUUAUUGCACCAAUAGUAGUCGGUGUGGUGCUCGUGCCUGUUUUUUACUGUUGGGAAAGAUUCGUGAGUAAAUUUCCAUUAACACCUAUGUCAUUUUAUAACGACAGAGCAAUUUAUUGUCCUUUACUUAUCAGUUUUACUUUCAUGUUCAUUUCUCUGCUUGUGUCUGAAUAUUUGUAUAAUGUAUUAACUGUGUCAGUUAAUCAAUCUAUUGAAUCUGCCACAAGAAUUCUGAGUUUAUCGAGUUUCACUGCAGAGAUUUCUGGCUUUUGCUAUGCAUUAGUGCUUGUGGAAAUAAAAAGGCCUCAGCCAUUCCUUGUUUUUGGUACGCUGAUGUGGAUGUUGUCACUCGGAUUGAUGUAUCAUUUUAGAAGUGGUAUGGAUGCAAAAGCUGGUAUUAUUGCUGCUGAAGUAGUUCAAGGGUUUGGUACUGGUUUCUUCUCCUAUGCCAUUACUGUUAUUAUGCAAAGUAGGGUGCCUCAUGAACAACUUGCUUCUGUUACUGCGUGGGGCUAUGUGUUGUACAGAGUAGGUGGUGCAGUAGGCUCUUCAGUCGGUGGUGCCAUUUGGACUCAAAUACUUUAUAAGAGACUCUUGACGUUACUUAGUCCUGAAGAUGCAGAGUUGUGUUUCCUGGAACCUCAAACUUUUAUUUUGAAUUAUACUUGGGGAACAUCAGAAAGAAUGGCAGCAGUUGAAGGUUAUAGACAUAUUCAAAGAAUUUUAACUUUAGUUGGUCUUGUAUUUUGUGUCCCUUUGAUUCUCUUUGCAGUAUUUACUACCAACAUAAAACUUAAGGCAAAGGUUGCCAAUGUGGAAUUUGAUAAAGACGGUAACGUUGUGGAAGUACAAGAUGAUAAUGAGGCAUUCAGUCUCGUUCAAUGGUUCAAAAAUAAAUAUAAUAAGGGAUCUACUUAA